UUUUUCUCUGGCAUUUUUGGUUGAAUAUCUGACAUGGAAAAGGUUUCUACGUGUCAUUUGAUGAUAGGAAGGAGUAUAUACAGUAGACGGAAAAGAGUUUUGUUUUUUUAUUUUUUGUUUUGUUUUUUUGUUUUUUUUUGGUAAAAUACAAUGCAACAGAGUUGUUUCACCAGAAUCCCCGUUGUAAGCCUUUUAUGUAAUAUUAUGGUUAUUUUGCUACAACAAGUCUAUCACCAGCCGCCACAUUAGGCACACACCAGGAAGCUCCAGGAGCGGCCGUGUGUUAAGCCAUUCAUCUAAAUUCGUAACAAGGAGGAAUUUGUCUCGGGCCAGGCCUAUAUUACCAAUUGAAUGUCGGUGUCGCAGAAGAUUCUCUGCACUUUCGUCGCUCCCUCUCUUUCAACCUUCUUCUUCUUCUUCCCCCUUCGCUCCUCUCCUUCUUACACGACCCUAGCUCGCUCAAUCCCUUCCUCUUCCUUCAUUUCUAUUCCUCUUACAACCAUGCCUCACCACCAGCGAAGGAUGGGGUAUAGGGAAUGGGAAGGAAAGCCAAUGGCUAACAAACAAGCUACAGAAGCAGCUGCUGAUGCUGCUACUAAGAAACUUGAUAGAUUGAGUAUCAGUGAAUCUGGUCAUUCCAAUGCUGCGGGUAUCAAUUUGGCAGACCAAGUUUCGAUGCCAGCUGAAAAAGCAAUCUGGAAGCCCAAAUCUUAUGGAACAGUAAGUGGAGGCUUAGCUGUAGAAGUCGAGGAAACACCUGUUGGUAAGACUGCGGUUGAAAUUCAGGGCAGUGGAGCCGGAGCAGCGGCAUCUGCGAAGAGCGGUGCUGUCUUGAGUAAGUUAUUCAAGGGUAAUUUGUUGGAAAGUUUCACUGUUGACAACUCUACAUAUGCACAUGGCCAAAUAAGAGCUACUUUUUAUCCCAAAUUUGAAAAUGAGAAGUCAGACCAGGAGGUUAGGACAAGGAUGAUAGAGAUGGUGUCUAAAGGCUUGGCUACUUUGGAGGUUUCACUCAAGCACUCUGGUUCUCUUUUUAUGUAUGCUGGCCAUAUGGGUGGAGCCUAUGCUAAGAACAGCUUUGGCAAUAUAUACACGGCUGUUGGUGUGUUUGUUCUUGGAAGAAUGUUUCGAGAUGCAUGGGGGGCUGAAGCAGCAAAAAAGCAAGCAGAGUUUAAUGAAUUUCUUGAGAGCAAUCAUAUGUGCAUAUCUAUGGAAUUGGUCACUGCUGUUCUAGGGGACCAUGGACAACGACCUCGAGAAGAUUAUGUUGUAGUGACAGCAGUCACAGAAUUGGGCCAUGGAAAGCCAAAAUUCUACUCAACUCCUGACAUAAUUGCUUUCUGUAGAAAAUGGCGCCUACCAACAAAUCAUGUUUGGUUGUUCUCCACAAGGAAAUCAGUGACAUCAUUUUUUGCUGCCUUUGAUGCUCUCUGUGAAGAAGGUACUGCAACCCCUGUAUGUAAGGCGCUAGAUGAAGUUGCCGAUAUAUCUGUUGCAGGUUCAAAAGAUCAUAGCAAGGUGCAAGGUGAAAUCUUAGAGGGUCUUGUGGCUCGUAUUGUAAGCCAUGAGAGCUCAAGACAUAUGGAGAAGGUUUUGAAGGAUUUUCCUCCACCAACUGAGGAAGCUGGCCCUGAUUUGGGACCAAACUUGAGGGAUAUCUGUGCCAAAAAUAGGUCUGAUGAAAAGCAGCAAAUAAAGGCUCUUCUUCAGAAUGUCGGUACCUCUUUUUGCCCUGAUUAUUCAGAUUGGUUUGGGAAUGAAGUUGGUGAUGCCCAUUCAAGAAAUGCAGACAGAUCUGUUCUCUCAAAGUUCUUGCAAUCUCAUCCUGCUGAUUUCGCAACUACCAAAUUGCAGGAAAUGGUUCGCUUGAUGAGAGAAAAACGUUUUCCUGCUGCCUUUAAAUGUUAUCAUAACUUCCAAAAAAUUGAUUCUGUGUCAAGUGACAACCUUUUCUAUAAAAUGGUAAUUCAUGUUCACAGUGACUCUGCAUUUCGGCGGUACCAGAAAGAGAUGAGGCAUAAACCAGGAUUAUGGCCAUUAUAUCGAGGUUUUUUUGUUGACAUAAACUUAUUCAAGGCAAAUAAGGAGAGAGCAGCUGAGAUUGCAAAGACCAGCGCAGGUAUUGUAGAAAAUGGUAGCACUGGUGCAUCAUCAAAAGAUGGGUUAGCUGAUGAAGAUGCAAAUAUGAUGGUUAAAUUGAAAUUUCUUACAUAUAAGCUGCGUACCUUUUUGAUUCGCAAUGGUUUGUCAAUUCUUUUUAAAGAAGGUCCGGCUGCUUACAAGGCCUAUUACUUAAGGCAAAUGAAAUCAUGGGGCACCUCAGCAGGAAAGCAGAGAGAACUCAGUAAGAUGCUGGAUGAAUGGGCUGUUUACAUUCGAAGGAAAUGUGGAAAUAAACAGUUGUCAUCAUCAAUAUACCUCAGUGAAGCUGAGCCUUUUCUUGAACAGUAUGCAAAGCGCAGCCCACAGAAUCAGGCUCUGAUAGGGUCUGCUGGUAAUUUAGUAAAGGCUGAAGACUUCUUGGCUAUUGUUGAGGGAGGCAGGGAUGAAGAAGGUGAUCUUGAGAUGGAGCGGGAGGUGGCAUCAUUAAGCCCUGCUCCAUCCAAAGAUUCUGUUGUAAAAGAUGAGGGUUUGAUUAUAUUCUUUCCAGGAAUACCUGGCUGCGCUAAAUCUGCACUUUGCAAAGAAUUACUAAAUGCUCCUGGUGGAUUUGGGGAUGAUCGUCCAGUUCAAAGUCUGAUGGGUGACCUCAUCAAAGGAAGAUAUUGGCAGAAGGUUGCUGAUGAGCGCAGAAGAAAACCAUAUUCUAUAAUGCUUGCAGACAAGAAUGCUCCCAAUGAAGAAGUAUGGAGACAGAUUGAAGGCAUGUGCCGGAGCACCAGGGCAUCUGCAAUUCCAGUUGUACCUGAUUCUGAAGGAACUGAUUCAAAUCCGUUUUCUCUUGAUGCAUUAGCUGUUUUCAUGUUCCGCGUGCUUCAACGUGUUAAUCAUCCGGGUAAUCUCGACAAGGAAUCUCCUAAUGCUGGCUAUGUGCUGCUUAUGUUUUAUCACCUUUAUGAGGGCAAGAGUCGUGAGGAGUUUGAGGGUGAACUAAUUGAGCGAUUUGGCUCACUUGUCAAGAUGCCAUUACUGAAAUCUGAUAGGAAACCCCUGCCUGAUCCUGUGAAGUCUAUUAUAGAGGAGGGAAUAAGCCUGUACAAGCUUCACACUAACAGACAUGGAAGAUUGGAGUCUACUAAGGGAUCCUAUGCAAUGGAAUGGGCUAAGUGGGAGAAACAAUUGAGGGAGGUCUUAUUUGGCAAUGCUGAAUAUCUUAAUUCUGUUCAGGUUCCAUUUGAGUUUGCUGUCAAGGAUGUGUUGGAACAACUGACAAAAAUUGCAAAAGGUGGCUACCAAACGCCAGAUACUGGAAAGAGGAAGUUUGGAUCUAUUGUUUAUGCGGCUGUCAGCCUGCCAGUUAUCGAAAUCAAAGGUCUCCUUGAUAAUUUGGCCGAAAAACAUCCGAAAGCUGAAGCUUUUCUAAAAGACAAGCACUUGGAGAACAGCCUGGCUAGGGCUCAUGUUACUCUUGCACACAAGAGAAGUCAUGGUGUUACAGCUGUUGCUAAUUAUGGCAUCUUCCUCCAUAAGAAGGUCCCUGUGGAUUUGACCGCAUUGCUUUUCACAGAUCAAGUGGCUGCAUUUGAAGCUUGCCUUGGUUCAGUUGAUGGUGAAAGGAUUGUCUCAGAGAACCAGUGGCCUCAUGUCACCUUAUGGACAGGAGAGGGGGUUGCAGCCAAGGAAGCCAAUGCAUUACCGGAAUUGCUUUCCGAGGGGAAGGCUACAUGUAUUGAAAUCAACCCACCUGUUACCAUAUCAGGCAUACUCGAAUUUUAUUGAGCCUUCUACCAUUUAUUUGUCUUGUACUGCAUGCUUGGUAGGUCGGAUCAACUUUGAUGUAUAAAAGAGCAGAAUUUUCCGCUAUCUUAUGUGUAGUCGUUAAAGGUAGAGCCGAGGGAGAGAAUUUUCUUUUGCAUGCAAGCAAAUUUUGGGAGAGAACUUUUGUAUAUACAGGCAAAUUAUAUAAUGCUGUGUUUUUCUGGGGCUCAAACUGUUGUGAAGCAUCUGUUCAAUGAAAACCAUUGAACCUGGUAUGGGUUUAAGGUAGAGAAUGGUGGUUCAAUUCGAAAAGGCUCUUUAUAAUCUACAAGUGGACUUGUAUAGCAUAAACUUACUGCCUUUUGAGUGACAAUAUGUAUAUUGUAUUUCUAGAAAAUUAUAAUUUUAUAUUUAUUGUA